AGCGGCCAUGUCAAGCGAGGGCGAGUGCAGCAUCUGCCUCGAGCCGCUGGUCGACGACUUGAGCUGCCUGCCCUGCGGCCACGUGUACCAUGGCAAGUGCGUGGCCAUGUCGCUGCGCGCCAAGCGGCAAUGCCCGACCUGCCGCGCGCCGUGCCAGCCGCAUCACACGACCAAGCUCUUCUACACGCCACCGACUGCCCCAUGUGCGCGUCCGUCCAACGACGCUGUCGACAACGAGGGCACGAUCAACGUCCGCGAGAUUCAAGUAAUAAACAAGUCGCUGGCGUCGCGAGUCGGCGCGCUCGAGGCGCGGCUCAAGAGCCAAACCCAAGACAUGGCGACGUACGAGCAACGGGUGCUUGACGCGACCAGCGAAAUCACAACCCUCAAGAAGGCCAACGAAGUGCUCAAGAAGGCCAAGCACGACGCCAAGUACGCGCAGCUCAAGCUCCAGCAGGACGCAGUCGACAUGCGAGCGACCUUGAAACAGCUUCAGGCCCAAGUCAGCGCGGCGUCGGUCGCUGCUUCAAUUCAGAAGUUUAUCGAUGGCAACCAGAUUAGCGUCCUCGAAGCCGAAUUGCAGCGACCGCACGACGUCAUUCUCGCGCUAAAGACCUCGAACCGGUACCGCGCCGAGCAGUACGAGAAGCUAACGGCCAAAGUUCGUGCGCUCGAGCGAGCGGCCAAGCGCCCUGCGGCGCCAUCCAGCCCCGAGCGCGCGCCAAAGCGCCCCCGAAAGCCCGAAAGCAAGAAGCCCGCACCUGUCGUCGACCUCACAGCCAUUGACGUGCUCUCGCCGCUGCCCAAGUCGCGUCCGACGACAACCGAGCCGCCCGUGCCACUCUUUUGCCAAACGAUCCGCUUUGCACCCGAUAGAUGGCGCAAGUAG